UAAUAAUUUUUAAUUUCAUUCUAAUUUCAAUAAUUUUCUGCACCGCAAACUAUUUUAUAAACUAGUAAUAGUGAAACUUGUCGCAAAACUGCAAUAAGUCUGAAAUAAAACGUGUUUGAAGCACAAAACAAAAGCGCACAAAGCAGCGACAAUAGUGUAAAAAAAGCAAAAAAAAAUAAAAUAAAACAAGUAAAAAUUGUACAAAAAGUAUACCAUUUUACAUAUACACAACUAGAUUAAAGCACAAAAUCAAGUAGUAGUACAUAUUUUAUAACAAUAAAUGCUUUCCAACGCUUGGAGAAACGUACAGCAGGGUGUUGUACGCAAUCUGACCGCUGCGUAUUUUCGAGGUGUGUGCAGUGCCGGACGCCCGCUCGCUUGUGCAAGUGCAAAUGCACUUAACAUCAAGCGGAAUAGCGCGGAAUUAAUGUCGCUGCGACGUUUUGACAUCAAAAUACAAAAGUUACUUAAAGUUGGUAUAAACAGAAUGCAUAGCUCUGUGGAGGAUUUAAAAUGGGCUUCCAUGCAUGUAAAGGUAUUGCCCGCGCUUCAGGACAAUUUCAUGUAUUUGAUUAUCGACAACUCAACCAAGGAGGCUGCCAUUGUUGACCCGGUCGAUCCGGAAAGUGUUAUAGCUGCUGUGCAAGCUGAAAAUGUGCAUCUUACUAAGGUGCUUACCACGCACCAUCACUGGGAUCAUGCUGGCGGUAAUGAGAAAUUAGUUAAGAUGUAUGGCAAGCCGCUGGAAGUGUACGGUGGUGAUGAUCGCAUUGGUGCACUAACGCAAAAAGUGUCUCAAGAUGAUCGCAUACAGAUUGGGAACCUUAAAGUGAGUUGCCUUUUUACCCCUUGUCACACCACUGGACACAUUUGUUACUUUGUGGAAUCGUCAAAUACUGAUGACCGCGCCGUUUUUACCGGCGAUACUCUAUUCCAAGGAGGCUGUGGGCGUUUCUUUGAAGGCACACCCGAUCAAAUGUACUCGGCAUUGUGCCAAAAAUUGUCUUCCUUACCGGAUGAUACUAAAGUUUUUUGUGGUCAUGAAUAUACAUUGCAGAAUAUGGCAUAUGCGCGUCAUGUAGAACCAUUGAAUGAUAAAAUUUUAAAGCGCAUCGAAUGGGCAAAGUUACGCCGCGCUACCAAAUCACCCACU